AUGGCGAAUCAUCGUCUGUUGAUCGUUUCCUCCUGGCUCUGCGUCCUCCUGGUCGGUUCCUGCCACGCCAACAAUGCGUUCGGCACCCGUAUCCUCGGCGGCGACGAGGCCGACAACGAGUUCCUCUUCCCGUACCACGUCUACCUGACCCUCGGCCACGGCAAGUACGUCUGCGGCGGCAGCAUCAUCGGCGACUAUCACGUCCUCACCGCGGCCCACUGCGUCAUGAAGAACUCGCGCGAGUUCCACGACGACGUGCUGCAGCGCGGCCUCAACGUCGUCGCCGGCACCUCGAAUCUGCGCGAUCUGCGCGCCGAGCACGCCAAGACUCGCCGCGUCGUCAAAAUGUACGUGCCCAAGGCCUACGACUUGGGCAGACUGAGGGGCGACAUCGCCGUGCUGAAGUUGAACGAGCCGCUGGGCCUGAACGUGUUCACGAAUCAGCUGCAGGAGGUGGCGUUGCCGCCGAAGGAGAAUACGAAUUACGCCGGGCAGAAGGCCAUCGUGACGGGUUUCGGUUACACGAGGUACUGGUCGCCCCAGGAGAAUCUCAGACAGACCAAUCCUUACGUGAAGCUGAGCGAGAAUCUGAAGUACCUGAAGACCAAGGUGCUGGAUCAGAAUCUGUGCAUGCAGAAGCAGCUCACUCAACCGAGCAACACCAUCAUCUGCGCCCAGGCGGAUCAGAACGAGUACAAUUGGAAGGAGUACCAGGGCACUUGCAAGGGCGACAGCGGCGGACCACUGGUUGUGCACGGCGUGGUGAUCGGCGUCGCCAGUCACACCAUCAGCUCGCACCAGUGCUCCGAGUGGUACACGCCCUCGUUCUACACGAGCGUCGCCGUCUGGAAGCCCUUCAUCGAGCUGGCCAUGCAGGACCAGACCAGGGGGAUGAUCACCCACACCUAUUGA